AAUUCAUCAGUUCCUACUUCCUAGCAAUAAUGUCUUCUGAAGUCACUUACAUUUGCAAACGAACAGUGGCAAGCACAAAGCCUGUGCAGCCUGGAAAAUUCUACCACUUCUCGGUUCUUGAUCGUCUCAUGGAGAAGAACCACUUAAGGAUCGUUUACUAUUACAGUUCUAAGGGCGCCCGCAAAGCUGGAGAGUUAACGAAGAAGCUAAGAGAGUCCAUGGCUGAAGUGCUUACGUGUUUUCCUGUUGUCACUGGACGCUUACAGAAGAACUCUGAAGGGCAAUGGAUGAUCAAGUGUAAUGACGCCGGAGUUCGGAUGGUGGAGGCUAGAGCUAGAGGAAGCGUGGAUGAUUGGCUGAGAAAUGUGAAUAGAGAGAAGGAACGUAAGCUUGUUUAUUGGGAGGACAUGCAUCAUAAACCCUACUUCUGGUCGACUUUUUAUGUUCAGAUUACUGAAUUUGAGGAAGGCGGCCUAGCGAUUGGCUUGAGCUGCUUUCACCUCCUGGCAGAUCCCAUUUGUGCCACCAUGUUCAUCAAGGCCUGGGCCGACAUAACCUCGGCUCAAAUUAUGCUCACUCCGCCGUAUGUCCACCCACUUCCACCGCGAAGAAUCGGCAACAUGAACCCCAACCAUAAGCACCACACCGCCUUAAUCAACCACUACAAAUCCUCAAUCGAAAGAUCGAUUCCAUUCACCACUACAAAGCAUGUAACUGUUACUCUAUCAUUUACAGACCCCAUGGUCAGAGCUUGCAUAGCCAUGGCUCGGCCCCCUGGUGCAGCAGACCCAUCACCCUUCGCUGCACUGGCGGGCCUCUUCUGGGUUUGUGUAAGCAGGGUGAAAGGAACCACGGAGGGGCUCGUAAACAUGUCAAUAUGCUUAGAUAUGCGAAAAGAAUUAGGGUUAGAUAAAGGGUUCUUUGGAAACUGCUUGGUUUACAAUAAGGUUCAAGCAGAUUCAUUUGAUGAAAAUAAACUAUCAGGAGCCGCUGAGGCUAUAGGAGAAGUGGUGAGGAAGAUGGACAAUGAAGGAAUCAUGGAUCUGAUAGAGUGGCUGGGGCAAAAUGAUAGCCGAAUAUCACCUCCGUUGAUGAACGGCUGUGAGCUGAUUUGUGCUAACUUAGAGGGCUUGGAUUCAUGUUCGGCGGCGUUUGAAGAGGGGCUUACACCGAGUCGGAUUUCUUGUUAUGUGGAACCGGCGCUGGGAGAAGGACAGAUUUUGGUGCUUCCAUCGUCAACAAGUGAAGGUCCAUUGAGCAGGAUGAUUAUGGCGACUCUCACAGAAGAUGAAGCCGUUAGACUCUGUGAAGAUGAUGUUAUCCUAAGCUUCUCUCCGACUAUAUUAAUGGGAGCUUAAAAAUAUACUUGAUA